AUGAAGCACAGAAGCAACAUGGAAACCAGUACAGUGAUAAUACUCUUCGCGAUUUUGUCGCAAACGACAGCGCUGCUAACAUCACCACCAAGGAUUGUGAAGCAGCCCACAGUAGAAGAACUGCUGUUCCAAGUGGCACAGCCGGGGGAGGUGGACAAGCCGUUCAUCAUCGAAUGUGAAGCAGAGGGAGAACCUGCACCCAAGUACAGAUGGAUCAAGAACGGCAAGCCGUUCGAGUAUACGAGCUACGAUAACAGAAUAUCCCAGCAGCCUGGACGAGGCACGCUGGUGGUCAGUCAGCCGAGGAAUGAGGACUUGGGACAGUACCAGUGCUUCGCCUACAACGAGUGGGGCACGGCCACAUCAAACUCGGUGUUCGUGAGGAAGGCGGAGUUGAACUCCUUCAAGGAGACAGAUGGACCUCAGAAAACCAUCACGGCCCAGGAAGGCCUACCUUUCAAACUAACCUGCGAACCACCGGACGGCCAUCCCAGCCCCAACGUAUACUGGAUGUUACAAGGAGAACAAGGCCAGCUGAAGACCAUCAACAACUCCCGAAUGACCUUAGACCCCGAGGGCAACCUCUGGUUCUCAAACGUGACGAGGUUCGACGCGAGUGUGGACUACGCAUACACGUGCGCCGCUAAAUCAGUGUUCAGGAACGAGUACAAGCUCGGUAAUAAAGUGUACUUGCAAGUUCAGCAGACUGGAAUCUCACCGACGUCGAACAAACACCAGCCCGUGCUGCAGUACGCGACCAGGAGGGUCGAGAAGGCUUGGAGAGGGAAGAAGGUGGAGCUGUACUGUAUAUACGGCGGGACGCCGCUACCUCAAGUGGUGUGGAAGAAAGAGGGUCGAACGAUAAUAUCCUCUCAGCGGAUAACUCAAGACAACUACGGCAAGACGCUGGUCAUCAAACGUGCGGGCUACGAAGACCAGGGGACGUAUACCUGCGAAGUCAGCAAUGGAGUGGGAACAGCAGAGACUUACUCCAUACAACUCAACGUUGAAGCGGCUCCAUUCUUCAUCGAGGAGCCCCAGUUCCAGAACCUGGCAGAAGGCGAGACAGCGGUCAUCCAGUGUAAGGCAGGCGGUACUCCCGAGCCGACUAUCUCAUGGGUUCACAACGGAAAGCCCAUAGAACAAGCGGAGAAUAACCCUCGCAGACAAGUGACAGCAAACAGCAUCACUAUCACUGACUUGGUGAAGAAAGACACCGGCAACUACGGCUGUAACGCGACCAACUCAAACGGAUACGUGUACAAAGACGUGUUCAUUAACGUGCAGUCCAUUCCUCCCGAGAUCAAAGAGGGUCCGGAUAACUUGACGGUGGUUGCGGGCUCCACGGCAGCUUUAAGAUGUAGAGUGUUCGGAGCACCACGACCCAUCGUACGGUGGAUGAGGGACGACAUCGACGUCACUGGCGGGAAAUACAACAUAACGAAGGAGGGUGACCUGGUGAUAGCGGAUGUCUCCUUCACUGACGUCGGCACCUACCAGUGUUACGCCAAGAACAAGUUCGGAGAGAAGUCCGCCUUCGGGUCGCUCACUGUUAAGAAACGCACUGUGAUAACCGACAAGCCCGAGCCGUACGAAGUAGCGGCGGGGUCAUCGGCCACGUUCAGAUGUAACGCGAACGCGGACGACUCCCUCAAGCUGGACAUCAUCUGGCUGAACGACGGCCAGCCGAUAGACCUGGACAACCAGCCGCGCUUCAGGAUCACCAACGACUACUCGCUGCUCAUCUCGGACACCAGCGAGCUGGACUCGGGCGAGUACACCUGCAUCGCGAGGACCGACAUCGACGAGGCGCGCGCGCAGGCCACGCUCACUGUACAGGAUAAGCCGAACCCCCCCGCCCUAGAGGGCAUCGAGUGUCACGAGCGCACGGCGACGCUCCGCUGGCACUCGAUGGGUGACAACCGCGCGCCCAUACUGCGGUACUCGAUCCAGUACAACACGAGCUUCACGCCGCACGCCUGGGACCUCGCCUCCGACAACGUGCCCGCCAUCGACACCUCCUGGACCGUGCAGCUCAGCCCCUGGGCCAACUACACCUUCAGGGUGACAGCGUCCAAUAAGAUCGGCGCCUCGGCUCCGUCGUCUCACUCGGACGUGUGCACCACACAACCUGACGUGCCCUACAAGAACCCGGACAACGUGGAGGGCAAGGGGACCGACCCCACCAACAUGGUCAUCAGCUGGUCGAAAAUGCCUCAAAUCGAACACAACGGUCCUGGAUUUUACUAUCUAGUGUCGUGGAGAAGAAACAUCUCAGGGGCGGCGUGGAGCGAGGAACAAGUGCGAGACUGGACCACGACCGAGUACGUCAUACCGAACACACCCACCUUCAAACCUUACAAGAUUAAGGUCAUUGCUGUCAACUCGAAGGGAACAUCAAACGUUGCUCCGGUGGAGGUGAUAGGUUGGUCAGGCGAGGACACUCCUCUCCAGGCUCCCUCAAACUUCACUUUGGUACAAGUGACCACCGGCACCACGGCCCUGCUGUCCUGGAACCCGGUCCCGGCCGAGUCCGUGAGGGGACACUUCAAGGGUUACAAGAUACAGACCUGGAUCGACGGCGAGGAGGACCGGCCCAAGGAGAUACUCAUCAAGGCAGACGCCUCCAGCACACUGGUCACCAAGUUCAAACCCUUCAAGAAGAACAACGCACGCAUACUCGUCUACAACGGGAGGUUCAACGGACCGCCCAGCGAGACACUCAGCUUUAACACACCGGAAGGCAAGCCCGGCACCGUGCGGUCAUUCGAGGCGUACCCCAUAGGAUCUUCAGCCAUGCUUCUGAAAUGGGACAAACCCAUAGACGAGAACGGCAUCCUGACCGGCUACAAGAUAUACUACCAGAAGGUGACCGGCACCGCGCUCGGCCCGCUGCAGGAGAGGAAGAAGGAGAUCGAUCCCAAGUUCGACCGAGCCAAGCUGGCGGGGCUCGAGCCCAACACCAAGUACAGGAUAGAGAUACGAGCGAAGACUAAGGCCGGGGAGGGGGACAAGUACUACGUGGAGCAGACAACCAGGGCCGUGGAGACCGCCGUGCCUGAUGUACCGGUGUUCGAGACCAGCACGCUGCCUGCUAAGGAAGGGACGGCGCACAUACUCGUGAGGUGGAUACCUUCACUGGAGGGACACGCGGGGACGCACUUCAUCGCCUGGUACAGGCUGAGGGGGCGGCCCGACUGGCUGCAAAGCAACGAGGUGACGGACGACGACUACGUCAUACUGACGGGGCUCGAGCCCGGCCAAGAGUACGAGGUGAAGGUGACCGCGCACGACGGAGACUACUACAGCACCAGUGACGUUAAGGUCGUCGACACGACCAUCGACGGGCCGCACGUCCGCCCCCAAGAGGCGACGGCCACAGCGGGCUGGUUCAUCGGCGUGAUGGUGGCGCUGGCCUUCCUGCUGCUGGUGCUGGUGCUGGUGUGUGUGGCGCGCAGGAACAGGGGCGGCAAGUACGACGUGCACGACCGGGAGCUGGCGCACGGCCGGGCGGACUGCCCCGACGCCGCCUUCCACGAGUACACGCACCCAUUGGACAACAAGUCUCGUCAUUCAAUGAGUAGCGGCACCAAGCCCGGGCCUGAAAGUGAUACGGACUCUAUGGCUGAGUACGGCGAGGGAGAGACAGCGGGCAUGAACGAGGACGGGUCCUUCAUCGGUCAGUACGGCCGCAAGCGCCGCCCGCCGCCCGGCCAGACAGACUCGGCCUCGCAGGCCUUCGCCACGCUCGUUCCCGUACCGGCGCCGUCUGCUGGUCCGCGGUUAGGUCGCUUCACGGAGGACGGUUCGUUCAUCGGUCAGUACGUGCCGGGAGCGCGCGUGUUGGCUCCUCCCCCUCCCGCGCCCGCGCCCGCCGCCCCGCCCACUUACGUGUAG